UUUCCAAAAUGGCGCAAGUCUUAAGGCCACUGAUUCGAUCGGUCUCCCCGGAUAUUCAGUGAAAAUUGAGAGAGAGAAAAGGGUAUUUUUUUGAUCUGCAAUGAUACUGUGUCCGUGAUAAAUUUUAUUUAAAUUUGAUUGAAAAGUGAUAAUAAAAUUUUCGGUGUGUGGAGUGCUUGAGGAAAAAUGGCUGAUGGGAAUCGCGAUGUGCCUUGUGUUGUGCGUAGGAGGCGCAAAAUUAAUCGUCAGCACCAUGGACAAUUGGCUGAGGGAUAUCGUCUGGGCCAGAGAUGUUCCUCAGAUGAAGAUGAGAAUGUCUAUGGUGUAGCUGAAGAUGCUAGAGGUCACCGUGAGGCACGUGGAGGUGUCUCAGCAUAUCGAUCAAAAAUCUUGGGACGUCGCGAUCGCAAAGUGAGCAACACACGGAGCCAGAGUACACCAAGAGUUGAUCCCACAAAUAGCACAACUGAGGUUGCAUCUCUCAUGAGAACAGCCAGAAGGAGUCUAUCAUCACCACGACACAAGGAUGAGGCGUUGGAAAACUGUGUAAAAGACACUAGAGAUACAAAGAAGAUAGAAUCUCCACCAGCAGCAAUGAGACUAUCUGCAAGCAAAGUGCAAGAGAAUCUCAAGCGAUUUGAGGAAGAGAGGAAGCGUCUGGAAAUUGAGAGGCGCAAAUUUGAGCAGGAAAAGCGUGAUUUGGAUCGUUUGAGGGUGAGAAAACUUGAAGAAUUUGACCGAAAACGUAUCACUGAAGGAUACAAUCAAUUCAAAUCUCAAAUUCCACGAAUGAGUGCCAGGAAGGGUGUUGAAGACAAGCAAACUCUAAUUGAAAAUUUCAAUAGAGCACAGAAGAUGUCUAAUCUGACCAAUCAGGAGCAACAGGUGCUUCCUGAAGAAACACAGCCUAAGUUACUUGUUGCGGAGAAACGAUCCCAAACACCUCAAAGAUCGUCAUCCAUGAGGGAGACCAAUAGGAAAGUGUCUCUUGAACCUGUGGAUUUUGAAUCAUCAACCGUUUCUUGUUCGACCACUGAGGAAGACGUUGGAGAUGAAGCUGAAUGUGAUACAAACAAUAAAAAUACUCCGACUGAGAGUUCCAAUGAUCUGAGGAAAUUGAUUGAUACCAAUUUGCCUAGGUCUAAUGGUGUACAUGCACAAGCUCCAGGAAUAAGUAAAAGCGAUAGAAAGACUUCAUCCUCAGUGGAUAAGUUGGGUACAAUGGACACAACUAAGGUGAAAACCAAAUGGGAACUUUGGCAGGAGUUUAAAGCAGCAAAUAGCGAAGAAGUUGAAAAGAUUUGCCUCCUACGAAAUCGAUGCCUAUCCAAUCUUAUAAUUUUGAUUAUUUUCUGUGGAAUUGGUGGUAUCAUCUUUCGCUUUGUCGAGGGAGCAUUUGAGAAUUUCUACAAGUGUGGCGUCAAGCGAGUCAAGCGAGACUUUGUUGAUCAACUUUGGAUCUCCAGUCACAAUCUCAGGGAGGAGGACUGGAAGGCACAAGCUCGUGCUCGGUUGCGCAAAUUUGAAGAAGAACUCCAUACUGCUCAUGAGGCCGGUAUGACGAGUUACAGUGGUCAAAAGGCAUGGUCUUUUCUCAAUGGUUGGGCCUAUUGUCUGACUGUUGUCACAACAAUUGGAUAUGGUCACAUUUCUCCGGCUACUACUACAGGAAGGGCCAUUACUAUUGUAUACGCUGUCAUAGGGAUACCAAUCUUUUUAAUUCUUCUAGCAGAUUUUGGUAAACUUUUCACAAGAGGAAUAAAAUUCCUAUGGUCGUACGUAAGGCGACUCUACUACACAGGAUCCUGUCGUAAAGUUCGGAAGCAAGCUCAAGUCCAGGACAUGAUGCGUGGAAUUAACAUGGCGUAUGAAAUUGCAACAUUUAGACGUCCGAGUAUGUUUACAAAGGAGGACGAGGAGGCCAAAAAUUCUCAAGAAGGAAACGCCACGGGCUUGCAUUUGUCACCAUCACAGCAGGAUCUUGGGACUCCACAAACUCCGAUGCCGUCCGAAAUCGAGAUAGACGAUGAGUUCAAUCUUCCUAUAUCCUUGGCUUUCUUCAUACUCAUCACAUAUAUCCUUAUCGGUGCUAGUAUAUACACCACGUGGGAGGAUUGGUCGUUCUUCGAAUCCUUCUAUUUUGUCUUUAUCUCCAUGUCAACAAUUGGCUUUGGAGAUUUCGUGCCAAAUCAUCCAAUGUACAUGAUGGCUAGCAUUGUCUACCUUAUGUUUGGCCUCUCACUCACAUCAAUGUGCAUCAAUGUCGUUCAAGUGAAACUCAGUGAUAGCUUUAAGCAUGCUAGUGCCAAGAUUGGAGCUACCAUUGGACUAAAAAUGGCUGAAGAAGCAUCUUUAAAGAAUUCACAGAAUGGAUCACCAGUGGAUUUAGCAUCAGUUCAUUCGGUUCAUUCAACCAGCCCCAAAAUAGAACUUAGUACAGAUACUCAGUCAGCAGCAGAAAGUUAAGAAGAAUCUUUGGAAAAGUGGAUUGUAUGCUAUAUUCCAAGAUAUGCUUAUAUCUGCGUGCUUUUCUAUGAGCUAAAAUAGCUUGAAAGCUGACAUGACAAUAAGAACUUUAAAGGUUAAAACAAAAACGAAUUUAAAUCCUUAAAAAAUACAAUAUUAAUAUAUAUUUGAGACCUUAAAAAUUCUUUGCUAAAAUAAAACCAAUCUCGUAAUAUAUUCUCUUCAAUUUGUUCUUUUUUUAUAUCUUAAGAUAUUAAGUUUUUAUCUCCUGAUUUAUAAAAAUCGUUUUUAAAAAAUAUCAUGCUAAAGUCAUCUAGUCAAAAUAAUAUUUAUGAUACUGUUAUUCACUGGAAAAAAUCUUUUAUGUAACUAUAUUGUUGAACAAAUUAGAAUGUUUUCUUUAUAUCAAAUGUUAGUUUGAAUUAUCUAAUUCGGUGAGAAAUGUGUGAUUGAAAAUGAAAUGGAACUUGAUUAAAAUUGUUAAAAAAAAAGAUAUACUUAGUCUUUUUUUGACUUAUUAUUUGAUUGACUUAUUAUUUGACAAACAUUACUCAAAGAGAAACAACAGAAAUAAUCAAAUCCAAUAACUAAAAACAGUUAUGCCCUAGACACACUUACGACUAAAGCCGAGAGACGACUUAGUGGAAAAUGAUGGAAAUGUAGUUCGACCAUUAUUUCUAAUAUAAAUGCGCUAAGCCGUCUCUCGGAUAAUCCUCAGGUCUGUCAAGGCCCUUAGCUAAGACAUCUACCAAAUGGACAUAAAAACAAAAUUAAAUGAACUUUUAAUAAAA